UCGUGUAACGAUUCGUAAACCUGAUAGAUACCAAAGAUUUAAAACUCAGUGAAAAAAAUUGUAAAAAAUCCAAAUUUAUGUAAAAAAAGAAGUGUUAAUUUAAACAAUUUAUUAAUUAAACGUCUUUUUAUUGUAGUAACAAAUACCUAAAGUAAAAAAGAAAUAAAAAUUUAUAAAAAAAAGUGUAGAAAAACAUAAAAUAAAAAAACCUACGAAUUACCAAGUGAAGUUAGAACAAAAAUUUCUGACACCUUUUUAAGGUGUUGGAAAUUUUCUUGUUGGCUUUUUUUUUACAAAAAAAAAAAGAAAAAAUUAAAAGAAAACCUAGUCUUUUGAUUGCUUCAAUAACAUCCUCAACAUGGAGAAUUUAAUUCCUAUUGUUAAUAAGCUGCAGGAUGCCUUCACCCAACUGGGCGUGCACAUGCAGCUAGAUCUGCCCCAGAUAGCGGUGGUAGGUGGUCAAUCGGCCGGUAAAAGUUCCGUCUUGGAAAACUUUGUGGGCAAAGAUUUUUUACCUCGUGGUUCGGGUAUUGUCACCAGACGUCCCUUGAUCUUGCAACUGAUCAAUGGUACUACGGAACAUGGUGAAUUCUUACAUUGUAAGGGUAAAAAAUUUACCAGUUUUGAUGAGAUACGCAAAGAGAUUGAAGAUGAAACAGAUCGUGUCACCGGUAGCAAUAAGGGAAUUUCUAACAUUCCAAUCAAUUUGCGUGUCUAUUCGCCUCAUGUACUCAACUUGACUUUGAUUGAUUUGCCCGGUUUGACAAAGGUGGCCAUUGGUGAUCAGCCACAAGAUAUUGAACAACAGAUUCGUCAAAUGAUCUUGCAGUUUAUACGCAAAGAAACAUGUCUAAUCUUGGCCGUAACACCUGCCAAUACAGAUUUGGCCAAUUCUGAUGCUUUAAAAUUGGCCAAAGAUGUUGAUCCCCAGGGUAUACGUACAAUUGGUGUUAUCACUAAAUUAGAUUUGAUGGACGAGGGUACAGAUGCUCGAGAUAUUUUGGAAAAUAAACUGUUACCGCUACGCCGUGGCUAUAUUGGUGUAGUGAAUCGUUCUCAAAAGGAUAUUGAGGGUCGUAAGGAUAUUCAUGCUGCCUUGGCGGCCGAAAGAAGAUUUUUCCUAAGUCAUCCAUCUUAUCGUCAUAUUGCCGAUCGUUUGGGAACUCCAUAUUUGCAGCGCGUUUUAAAUCAACAAUUGACGAAUCACAUACGCGAUACAUUGCCCGCUUUGAGAGAUAAAUUGCAGAAACAAAUGUUGGCUUUGGAAAAGGAUGUGGCCGAAUUUAAACAUUUCCAACCGGGCGAUACUAGUUUGAAAACAAAGGCUAUGUUGCAAAUGAUCCAACAGUUACAGUCAGAUUUUGAGCGCACUAUUGAGGGUUCUGGUUCGGCUUUGGUUAAUACCAAUGAAUUGUCGGGUGGUGCUAAAAUAAAUCGUAUAUUCCAUGAACGCUUACGUUUUGAAAUUGUUAAAAUGGCCUGCGACGAAAAGGAGUUGCGUCGCGAAAUCUCAUUUGCCAUUCGCAAUAUACACGGUAUACGUGUGGGCCUCUUCACACCCGACAUGGCUUUCGAAGCCAUUGUUAAACGUCAAAUUGCACAAUUGAAAGAACCUGUCAUCAAAUGUGUCGAUCUAGUCGUACAGGAAUUGUCAGCUGUUGUACGUUUAUGCACCGAUAAGAUGUCACGUUAUCCACGUUUACGUGAAGAAACAGAACGUAUUAUUACCACGCACAUACGAGAACAGGAACAACGGUGCAAAGAACAAAUUUUAUUACUUAUUGAUUUUGAAUUGGCCUAUAUGAAUACCAAUCAUGAAGAUUUCAUUGGUUUUGCCAAUGCUCAGAAUAAAUCUGAAAAUGCUAAUAAAACUGGUACACGUCAACUGGGUAACCAGGUGAUCCGUAAGGGUCAUAUGGUUAUACAAAAUUUAGGCAUCAUGAAAGGUGGCUCUCGUCCUUAUUGGUUUGUUUUGACCUCGGAAAGUAUUUCCUGGUAUAAGGACGAAGAUGAAAAAGAAAAGAAAUUCAUGUUGCCAUUAGAUGGUUUAAAAUUAAGAGACAUUGAACAGGGUUUCAUGUCCAUGUCAAGACGUGUUACAUUUGCUUUAUUCAGUCCCGAUGGACGUAAUGUUUACAAGGAUUACAAACAACUUGAAUUGUCUUGCGAAACUGUUGAAGAUGUUGAAUCCUGGAAGGCUUCUUUCUUACGUGCUGGUGUCUAUCCCGAAAAACAAGAAACUCAGGAAAAUGGCGAUGAGGAAGGACAAGAGAAGAAACAGGCCAGUGUUGAGACCUCCACUGAUCCACAAUUGGAGCGUCAAGUUGAAACUAUACGCAAUUUAGUUGAUUCCUAUAUGAAAAUUGUCACAAAGACAACACGGGAUAUGGUACCCAAAGCCAUUAUGAUGAUUAUUAUUAAUAAUACCAAGGAUUUCAUUAACGGUGAAUUGUUGGCACAUUUGUAUGCUUCAGGAGAUCAAUCUCAAAUGAUGGAGGAGUCGGCAGAAGCUGCUAGCAAACGUGAAGAAAUGUUGCGCAUGUAUCAUGCUUGCAAGGAUGCUUUAAGAAUUAUUGGUGAUGUUUCCAUGGCCACUGUCUCAGCCCCCUUACCACCACCAGUGAAAAACGAUUGGUUACCUAGUGGUUUGGAUAAUCCACGUUUGUCACCACCCAGUCCUGGUGGUCCUCGUAAACCAGCACCCGCAGCACAGCCCUCUGCUGGUGGCCGUGGUCCUCCACCACCUCCCGCAUCUGGUCGUCCAGCACCAGCUAUUCCAAAUCGCCCUGGCGGCGGUGCUCCACCAUUGCCUGGUGGCCGCCCAGGCGGUGCUCUUCCACCACCACUCUUACCUUCACGUGUUACCGGAGCCGUGGGUGGUGCUAUUACCCAACAGACUGGUGCCAAUCGUUAUAUACCCGAGAGUAUGCGCGGUCAAGUUAAUCAAGCGGUGGGCCAAGCCGCGAUGAAUGAAUUAUCAAAUGUUUUUGCCCAACGUUUCAAUCGCCCUGUGCCUAAUGCACCACCAAAACUACCCGAACGACCCAACUAUUACGGUAAUACAACGAAUGGACGUCCCUUUUAAUUAAAUGAUAAAAUAGAAUUAAAAUAGUUAAAAAUACGCACAAGCCAUUUAAAUGGUUAGACAACAAAUUAAUUUGUUUAAGUUUAAUAUAUUUUAUUAUUAUUAUUUUUUUAUAAAUUAAAAAAUACGACCCUAUUGUUUUCAAAAAAAAAAACUACGCUUUUAAGGCGCUGUAAUGCAAAAGUUUAAUAAAAAAAAUAUAUAAAAUAAAUUGUAAUAAUAAUAUGAAUUUUAAAGAAAUAGUAAUAUUUAAUUAUUUAACACUUUAUAUAUUUAAAUUAUAAAUAAUUUUAAUAAUUUAAUUAAGAAACCCCGCCCCCUAAACCCUUUGUAAACAUAUACAACACAUUAAAUUUAAAAUAAAAUUGAAAUUUACUUUACGAAACAGUAUAAAACUAAAAACCUUUGUGGACUUAAACUCAUUAUUAAAGCAAAAAACUAGGGCUAUUCACAGUUUGUAUAAAAAGUGUGAAAUUAAGAACUUAUAGACUUUUCAGAAUUGUUUAAAACUUUUAAAAUUAUUUAAUCAAAAUUUUUACAUAUUUAUUAUAAGUUUAAAGGCAAAAUUAAAUAAAAUUCUUGACAUUAUUAGGGCUACUCACAGUUUGAAGAAACUUACGCUUUACUAAUACGACUGUUUUAAUUAAGAUUAUCACAAAAUCAACCCUAAAAUCUUACAAACUUUAACCAUGAAAAAAAAAACUUAAACUUUGUUUAGCUUUAACUAAAAUUUUAAAUAUUCUAAAUUUUGUUUUUAAAAUUUCAAAAUUUCUUUAGUUACCUCUACCCUUGGUUUAAGUUUUUUUUUUCUCCCUCU